UCAAACCUUACCAAAAUCAUUCCGGAUUCGAUCCGACCAACCCGAUACCACAUAACACGGAUAAACAAAGUAUAAAAAAGCAGAAAUAGGGAAAACGAAACGGUAACUAAUGAGACGAUUGACCGGGUCAUCACAUGAAGAAGCUUGGUCACACAUACUAUAAGUUCCAGUUAUUUCCACCAAGGUGUAAAAUUUGCAAAUACAGUACUUAUAUCGUUUCAAAAUAAUAAUUAAAAAAAAAAGAAAUUUUACCUAAACUACACGUAAGGCUUGACAAAAUCUACGUGGACAGAUGCUUCAUUUUGAAGGAGCAGCAUAGGGGAGACCUUUUCCACAGGGCACCGCUCUCUUCGUUUCAUUCCAUCUCAACAAACAAACAUGCAUUUCCAUUUCCAUUUGCAUAUAGAAUAGAAACACACAUUUUCACAGGGGACCUUUUCAAACACUUUGCAACAAUGGAGAAUUUCGAUGGUGAAGAGAUCCCGUCGACCACAAGUACCUUUGACGAUCACAACUACAACGGCUACGACGUUCAUUCCCAGCGUUACGAGUUCGACGUUCCCUCAGCCGAUGAUGGCGGUGUUCCUCCGCCGGUUCCAUCUGAUAUAGACGAUUUCUCCACCGGUGAACAGCAGCAACAUUACUACCAUCAUGAUAACAUGCAGUCGCCGGAGAAUAAUGGCGAGUAUCAUAGUUCACCUUUUGAGACAUCGGAGGAUCAUUAUCAAGGAUCUGGUGUGCAAUCCAAGCCCUAUGAUCUCGGAACUGAUACAGAUGGCAUUUUCUCCUCCGGUACUGAUGGACCGUUGCUUCCCGAUCCUACUGAGAUGCGUGAAGAAGGUGCUGCUUUUCGCGAAUGGCGUCGCCAAAAUGCCAUUUAUCUUGAGGAGAAGGAGAAGAAGGAAAAGGAAAUGAGGAAUCAGAUUAUCGCUGAAGCUGAGGAGUACAUACGAUCAUUUUAUGAGAAACGGAAGCUUAAUUGCGAGACCAACAAAUCUAAUAACCGAGAAAGGGAGAAAUUGUACCUGGCCAACCAAGAGAAAUUUCACAAAGAAGCUCACAAACAAUACUUUAAAGCAAUUGCAGAGAUUAUACCGCGUGAGGUCCCUAAUAUUGAGAAGAGGCGAGGCAAGAAGGAGGAAGAGAGGAAGCCAUCAGUUGCAGUUAUCCAGGGCCCAAAGCCUGGGAAACCCACUGACCUGUCUAGAAUGCGCCAGCUUUUUGUCAAGCUGAAGCAGAACCCUCCACCACAUAUGCUACCUCCUCCUGAGAAAGACAAGGAUGGUAAGGAUGGAAAGGAAGGAAAGGAUGCCAAGGAUGCGAAGGAAGGAAAGGACGCCAAGGACAUGAAGGAACGAAAGGAUGCCAAAAAUGAAAAGAUUUCUACACCAAAGGAGGCUAAGGAUGACAAAAAUGAGAAAAUCGCGACACCAAAGGUGGCUAAGGAUGCCAAAAAUGAGAAAAGUCCCAUAGGAAAGGCAGUUAAUGAUGCCAAGAAUGCGGAAAAUGCCGCACAACAAGGAUCUCCAGCUGCUGCUAUUGACAAGGUUGUUUCACCAGUCAAGGAUGCUGCACAACAAGGAUCUCCAGCUGCUGCUAUUGACAAGGUUGUUUCACCAGUCAAGGAUGCUGCACAACAAGGAUCUCCAGCUGCUGCUAUUGACAAGCUUGUUUCACCAGUCAAGGAUGCUGCACAACAAGGAUCUCCGGCUGCUGCUAGUGUUGGUACUCCAAAAGGACCAAAGGCCGAUACACCAACUUCAGUCGAAGGCGGACAAGCUGCAGAAAGUGAUUCUGCCUCAACUGCAUAAAUAAGUUCCUAGUAAUGCCUUUUCUCUCUUCUAGCCUAAUUAAUUCUUAUUACACUGCUCUGGAGUUAUUAUCAUUCAUUCAUUCUUUUUUCCUGUUGCUGUAUGUCAUGUUGCAAAUAAGAGCGACUGGCCUUUGAGGACAUAUGUUCUGCAGCCAGGGACUUUCUUCCUGGUAUGUUUUAGGCUUUUUUGCUUAGAUGCGCGAAAUGCGAUGAGUUUGUUGUUCCCUUUUCCUUUAUACAAUUGGAAGUAGCUUUUGUAGCAGGAAUUUCAGCUUGUUAUUUGUGUGCUUCGAAGUUUUUUUCCUGGCUGGUUAAUCUUUUAAUUGAGGUUAAGAGAGCAUUCUUCGGUGUUA